GUGACAGCUUCCCUUUUAUUUUCUCAGCCAUGUACCUGUAUCUCCUGGGGCUGCUGGUUCUCUACAAACUGUACCGCUGGUGUAGGGAGCUGCCCCGUGUCCCUGACAAGGACAGCAAGUAUGUGUACAUCACCGGCUGUGACACGGGCUUCGGUAACCUCCUGGCCCGCCAUCUGGACAAGAAGGGGUUCAAGGUGAUCGCCUCGUGUUUCAGCGAGAGGGGAGAAGAAGAUCUGAAGAAGUCCUGCUCCGGCAACCUGACCACAACACACCUGGACGUGCGCUCCAAGGACAGCGUUGCCAAAGUUGCAGCGAUGAUCAAGGAGAAAGUGGGGGAGCGCGGCUUAUGGGCUGUGGUGAACAACGCAGGCGUGUCCGUCCCCUCGGCCCCCUGCGAUUGGCUGACCAUCGACGACUACAAGUCCAUGCUGGACGUUAACCUCAACGGGGUGAUCGCGGUGACGCUGAGCGUCCUGCAGCUAAUUAAGAAGGCCAGGGGAAGGGUGGUCAACGUAGCAAGCGUGUUCGGAAGGAUCAGUGCCACAGGGGGACCGUACACUAUUUCCAAGUACGGCGUGGAGGCCUUCAAUGAUAGCCUCAGGCUGAAUAUGGCGCCUUUUGGUGUCAAAGUCCUGUGCAUCGAGCCGGGCUUCUUCAAAACAAACGUGACUGACGCAACUAUCCUGUCCAAAAAUGUGAUGGCGGUGUGGGACAGACUGCCACAGGACGUGAAGGACGACUAUGGAACCGAAUAUCUAGAAAAAUCAUUAGGCGUAAUAAAAGACAAGGUAGCCAAAAUCAGUGAUGGUGAUCUGAUGAAGGUGGUUGGCUGUAUGGAGCACGCCGUGUCUGCUGUCCAGCCCCGAACCCGCUACUCCCCUGGCUGGGACGCUAAGCUGUUCUGGCUGCCGCUGUCGUAUAUGCCGACCUGUGUCUCUGAUUACGUCCUGACAAGUCAAGCUGUUCCAAUUGCCAAAAAUUGAAAUGGGCUUUUUUUCUUUUUUCAUUGUGUGCACAAUUUGUGAAUAAAGCAAUGCAAGAUACCAGUGUAAUACUGA